AUGGAAAACCAAUCCAGCGUUUCCGAGUUUUUCCUCCGAGGAAUAUCUGUGUCUCCAGAGCAACAACAGUCUCUCUUCGGAAUUUUCCUGCGUAUAUAUCUUGUCACCUUGACUGGGAACCUGCUCAUCAUCCUGGCCAUUGGCUCUGACCUGCACCUCCACACCCCCAUGUACUUUUUCUUGGCCAACCUGUCUUUUGUUGACAUGGGUUUAACGUCCUCCACAGUUUCCAAGAUGCUGGUGAAUGUACAGACACGGCAUCACACUAUCUCCUACAUGGGUUGCCUCACACAAAUGUAUUUCUUUCUGAUGUUUGGUGAUCUGGACAGCUUCUUCCUGGCUGCCAUGGCGUAUGACCGCUAUGUGGCCAUUUGCUGCCCCCUCUACUACUCCACAGUCAUGAGCCCCCAAGUCUGUGCCCUAAUCCUCGUGUUGUGCUGGGUCCUCACCAAUGUUGUUGCUCUGACUCACACACUCCUCAUGGCUCGACUGUCAUUCUGUGUGACUGGGGAAAUUGCUCACUUUUUCUGUGACAUAACUCCUGUCCUGAAGCUAUCAUGUUCUGACACCCACAUCAACGAGAUGAUGGUUUUUGUCUUGGGAGGCACAGUGCUCAUUGUCCCCUUUCUAUGCAUUGUCACCUCCUACAUCCACAUUGUGCCUGCUAUCCUGAGGAUUCGAACCCAUGGUGGGGCGGGCAAGGCCUUUUCCACCUGCAGUUCCCACCUCUGCAUUGUUUGUGUGUUCUAUGGGACCCUCUUCAGUGCCUACCUGUGUCCUCCCUCUAUCGCCUCUGAAGAGAAGGACAUUGCAGCAGCUGCAAUGUAUACCAUAGUGACUCCCAUGUUGAACCCCUUUAUCUAUAGCCUAAGGAACAAGGACAUGAAGAGGGCCCUCAAGAGGCUCUUCGGUCAGAGGAAAAUUGUUUCAUCUUAGAUAGAGUGUCAGCAACAUUUAAUGAAAAGACAUAGGCUUGAAGUCAGACAAACAGGCUUCAUUUUGGGGUCUGCCACAUACUAGCCAUAAGAUCGUAGUCCGGUGACUUAGCCUCUUUGAUUCCUUGUUUUCUUCAGUUAUGAAAUGGAGACAACAGUGUCUAUCUAAUAAGGUAACUUGGAGGAUUAACUGAAAUAAACUAUAAAAUGCAUCCAGUAUAGUAGUGAAUAAUAGUGGCA